UUAAAUCGAUAUCUUGCCUCAUUUUCUCACAAUCGAUACGUGAAAUUGGCAACAACUUUUGGGAAAAAAUCCGAGAGGGGGAGUUAACAUGGCCGUGGCUACACCAGUAUUCAAUUACUCUGGUAUCAUUCUCACACAUAACUGGCAAGUAAAUAGUACCCGUAGUAAAUAGUAACUGUUUUUCAAGACCUGGCUUCCCAAAAAAAAAUGUUAAAACCAUUAUUAUUUGUUUAGUUUUCCCGCAAACAUAUGGAGUUAGACCAGGUGUUGAAGUAGGAAUCGGGUUCAGCAACUCCUUCUGCUAAUUGGGAAAACCCACUUACGCCUAAGAGGAGUGGAGACACUACUGUCAAAGUGCUGGGUGUAAUCAGGCUCGCCUGCUCUCUGUGUUCUGAUAUCUUUUCAUGAUACCAGCUCCAAUUGUCAUCCAACCAAUUGAUGAACAAGCCGAGAAUAACCCAAUUAUUCCCCAAAUACUGGCACCAGCGAACCAACUGGAAAUCGAUGCCUGGCACCUAAAGGAUGUAACAUGCCGCAACUAUAUCUUAGCCACAAAUAAACCAAUGCAAAAACAAUCUUUGUAUGGAUGCCUAACUGCAAAAGAGAUGUGGAGGAAAAUGCAGACACAAUACGUUGAAAGAGCUGACGAUUUGGAACAUACCUAUCACCAACAACUCUGCGACAUCAAGCAUGAUUCUGGAAAGGACAUAAGAUACCACAUUAACAGAUUCUGUAAUGUUGCAAAUAAGUUACGAGAAAUGGGAAGUCCCCUGCCUUCUAAUCUACUUAUCAACAAGAUCAUAUGCUCUUUACCAGAAUCUUACAAGGAAUUUCGAGCGAGAUGGAGGGACGUCCCGAUAAUGGAGAAAACUAUAGACAACAUGACUAUGCGGUUAAUUGGAGAUGAAGAAAUAAUUUCAUGUUAUCAACCUACAACCAGUAACAACAAUGUAUUCAAUGCUUCAGACCACAAAAAUCAAUUUCACAACGACCAAAAAAAACCUGGGCACAGUGGUGCAGGGGAUCAGGGCUUAAGAGGUGUGAAGAAUGGAAGAGUCAGUGACCAAAGAGGACACCAAUCCUCACGUUCCUACUCCGGCGCAAAUACUAAUAACAACACGAAAAUAUGGAAAUGCAUCUAUUGUGAAGUUGAACACGAAACGAAAGACUGUAGACAUGUAGAUCAUCGCAACAUCCAAAGAAUGUUUACAAUGAGACUCGUCGAAGCCAGAGAAUUAGCCAAUCAACACUUUAGGAGAAAGAAAUCCUCGUCGGCGUAUGCUGCCUCUAAUGCAAAAGACAGGGAGGAACAGGAUGAGUAUCAAGAAGAUAAGAUGGACGAAGGUUUUGCUGCCUCCCAAUGCUUUGCCGUCAGAAGUGUUUUUGACUGGUUCGCUGAUUCGGGCGCGACAGCAAGUAUGACCGAUCAACGUCAACUCCUAAUGGAUUAUGAAACUAUCAAACCAGGAAGUUGGUCAGUAUCUCGCAUCGGAGGAACGAACUUGUCCGUCCAUGGCAGAGGAAACGUUCCAAUUAUUACAGAGAUAAAAGGGAAAAAAAGUGAUUACAUUUUUAAAAAUGUCCUACAUGUCCCUGGUAUCGGAAAUUAUCUCUUCUCCAUCGGAGCCGCUACUGAAGCAGGAAUUGAAUGCAUUUUCUUUGGAAACAAAUGCAAUUUUUACGACAACAAACAACGGAUACUAACGGGAGAAAGAGCUGCCAAAACCAUGUAUUACCUGAAUAUAAGAUCCAAAAUGUGGAAGAUUUUGCCAACGCAGCUCAAAAAUCGAUAUCUCUUACAACAUGGCACCAAAGACUAGGACAUGGAGAUCAUCGCAACAUCCAAAGAAUGUUUACUAUGAGACUCGUCGAAUGCUUAAACUUGGGAACCGGACCACACGACUUUUUAUUGCUUUUCUACCUUGUGUUUAGAUUCUGGGCAGGACAUUGCAUCAUUAAAGCUGAUUGGGAUGUAUGGUUCCAGGAGAAGAGCACUAACUGGGCUAUACGGUGUUGAUGGAUCAUGUUCUAACACCAUUGUCUCAAGGACUGCCCUCGCACCUUCUUCUAUUUCGGAUCCAUCUGAUGUGUCUUCCUUGUAGUUUACGUAGGGUAGUUGACGUUUUGAUCUUCUAGUGGGCUGUUCUUCUAAAGGUUGAGGUAUGAUCGGCAUGUCAUUAAUUACUGGUGCCUGUUCCAUAUCAAUCUCAGCAUUGAUAUGUUGUUCCGCAUUUGGCUCCGGAUUGACUGCCCUAAUCACUUCUCCUUCUCGGUUAUCGAUGUCCGCCCAUCAAUUCUGGGGAAUAAUAGCCUGGGCUUCUUGCUCAAUUGCAUUCUCCAUUAAGAAAUCAAAUACUUCAUCUCGGGCAUUGUUGUUCUGUUCCAUAAGUAUUGGUUCUAUUAUGGGUGCUUGUGCAAUCUCAUUGUGAUGAGCUUCAAUCUCCUCAUUCAAUAAAUCAUGGACUUGUAGAUUCA